GGGUACAAAUGUUCCACGAUCCUGGCUUCACUGAGUUCGACAUCGUAAUAAGACUAUGAAGGAGUAGCGUGUGUUUUGUGAAUACCUGCAUGCGUAUUGUAAUCUUAAUUUAGACGAAAUGUCUUACAUUAAUGUCAUUAUUGAUUAAAUUUGUUAAAUUAUAUAAAGUUUUGUUAAAUACAAAGCCAAAGAAACAAGGCAAUGGAUUCAAUUGCAAUAACGUACAAAACGGAGAUUAUAGCUUGAGAAAAGAUAGUUAAGUGGAAAUCAUUCACAAUUCCCUCCGACGAACGGAGAAACUGAAGAAAUGAUGAGUUCAAUAAACUACAAUAUUAUAUGUUAAGAAGAAAUCAAUUUGACACAUCUGUUAAUUGUAUAAAAAUCAUCAAGAAAAUGAACAGAUCAGAUAGUGGAGCUGAUGCAGGAAGUGGUUGGCGUGAAUGUGCCAAAUGGUUAACAAGAUGUGGAGCUUUACGAGCUGAUCAUAAAGCAAAUUGGCCAAAUGCAACACCAUUCGAUCUUGCAUAUACAUUAAGAGAUGGAGUAUUACUUUGUAAUUUAUUAAAUACUGUAGAUUCAGGAUGCAUAGAUAUGAAAGAUGUGAAUCAAAAGCCACAAAUGGCUCAAUUUUUAUGUUUACGAAAUAUCAAAGUAUUUCUCUCAGCAUGUACAUCCAUUUUCGGAUUAUCAACUUCCGACCUCUUUGAACCUUCUAUGUUAUUUGAUUUAUCCAAUUUUCAGCGUGUACUUUGUACACUUUCUGCUUUAUCAAAUUGUCAUCGUUUAAGACAGAAGGGUAUUCCAGGUUUCUCAGUAGGUCGCAGUCGAUCUCAAGAAGAUAUUUAUAAGGAUUUGCAAAGUGCUGGUGUGGGGCGCGAAGAUGAAGGUCGUCGCAAAAGGUUUAGAAGGAGAGAGGGAGAUGAAGCAGGUGGAGGAGGAGAUAAUGAUGACUCUGUAGGAGAAGAGGAUGGUUAUGCAGCUUAUUGCAGUCAUGCUCAAAGUGAAGAAAUCUAUCAGGACCUUUGUAGUUUACACCUGCCACCUCCUCCAUCUGUUGCUCAGCAGGGUGGUGCAAUAUCAGGAGGAGAAAAGAGAGACUAUGUUAUUCAAGAACUCGUUGAAACUGAAAGAAAUUAUUCGGAUGUUCUCAACAGUUUAUUAAAACAUUUUGCGAGACCACUCUCCUCAUUAUUAAGACCUGAAGAUUCAGCAAGAAUAUUUUUUGGUAUAAAAGAAUUAUCUGAAAUUCAUGCAGGCUUUCAUAGUCAACUUCGUAAAGCAAGAAAUGGAGCUGCCUUAGCUCAAGUUUUUCUUGAUUGGCGAGAAAAGUUUCUUAUUUAUGGAGAUUAUUGUGCUAAUCUUACACUUGCACAAAAUACUUUACAAGAAGCAUGUGCAAGAAACGAAAUUUUUAAUCAAGCGGUUAUAAGAUGCCAGCAAGAUUCUAAUAAUGGUAAAUUUAAGCUACGUGAUAUACUUUCUGUACCAAUGCAAAGGGUGCUAAAAUAUCAUUUGCUACUUGAUAAGUUAGUUGAAGAAACUCCUAGAGACUGGCACGAAGAUAGACGUCAAUUAAGUGAAGCACGAGAAGUUAUGGUAGAUGUAGCACAAUAUAUAAAUGAAGUUAAGCGUGAUUCUGACACAUUAGAUAUUAUAAAAGAUAUAGAAGCAUCGAUAAUUGAUUUGGAUGUACCUGAAGAUGCACAAUUAAAAGAUUAUGGACGUUUGUUACGAGAUGGAGAACUUAAGGUGAAAGCUCAUGGAGAUCAAAGAAUAAAAGCACGUUAUGCAUUUGUUUUUGAACAAAUCAUUCUAAUUUGUAAAGCAGGAAGAGGUGAUCAAUAUUGUUAUAGAGACUUUUUACGUUUAGAUGAUUACAGAUUAGAAGAUCAUACGGGUAGAAGAACUCUUGGUCGAGAUUCACGUUGGUCUUAUCAGUGGUUACUUGUGCAUAAACAAGCUUAUACUGCAUACACUUUAUAUGCGAGAACUGAAGAACAAAAACAAAUGUGGAUUAAAGCAUUACAGGAUGCGAUGGAUAAUGUCAAUCCUGCUGCAUGUCGUAGUACGAAUCAUAAAUUUAAACUUACAACAUUUGAUACUGCACGUAGUUGCCAACGCUGUGGUAGAUUCCUUAAAGGCUGUAUAUUUCAGGGUUACAGAUGUGAAGUGUGUCACCUAGCUGUACAUAAACAAUGCAUUGCACAUUCAGGACGUUGUAUGCCAAUACCACCACCACCUCCACCAUCACCACCCUUGCCUUGUGAAAGAACACUUUUUGCUAAACUUUGGUUUGUUGGAGAAAUGGGACGAGAUACGGCAUAUAAUAAACUUGAACCUCGUGAGAAUGGUACAUAUAUGCUAAGAAUAAGACCACCUGGCCAACCUCGACUACAGCAUGAAACUAAUUAUGCAUUAAGUAUUAAGGCCGAUGGUGUAAUAAAACAUAUUAAAAUAUUUAAACGUGAUGUUCAUGGUGCAGAUGUGGAUCUCUAUUAUCUCAGUGAAUCUAGAUUUUUUAAGAGUGUGGUCGAACUUGUAGAAUAUUAUGAACGCGCCUCAUUAGCAGAGAAUUUUGAAAAUCUUGAUCAACGAUUGUUAUGGCCAUUUCGUCGAGUAUUAGCCAAAGCAUUGUUCGAUUUUCAUGGUAGUGAACGUAAUCAAUUGAGUCUACGACGUGGAUGCAGAGUUGUUGUCUUAAGUAAAGAAGGUGAUGCCAAAGGAUGGUGGAAAGGAAAGAUAGGUGAUCAAGUUGGAUUUUUUCCUAAAGAAUAUGUUGAAGAAGAAUAACAGAAAUGCGAUAAUAAUAAUAAUAAUAAUAAUAAUAAUAAUAAUAAUAAUAAUAAUAAUAAUAAUAAUGAUAAUGAUAAUGAUUCUUAUUUUUUUUGUUGUCGCAAUUAAUCUUAUCGUGCAAUCAUAAAUUGAAUGAAAUAUAUAUUUUGAAGAGAUAGAUAAAAAAAGAAUAAAAAAAAAAAUAAGAAAAUAAAAUAAAAAAAAAAAAAGAAGAAAAGAACAAAGUAUAAAAGUAUCAAAUAAAAUAUUAUAUACCAUGACAUUAACAUCGUGCAUAGGCACCUUGUAUAAAGUAAUAUUUUCGAACUUAUUGGAUAAUCAUUUUCUUUAAUAUUUGGCUUUGAUCUUGGGUUUUUACAAUCAAACGAUCAAUUUAGUUUACAUAUGGAGAGAUUUAUUACACACACACGUAUGUACAUAGGGAGUGAUAUAUUCUAAUGUAUUCAUUUUUUUUUUUAGGAAUACUUUUCUCCUUUUUUUUAGAUUAUAACACGUAACUGUUUGCGGUUUUCGUGUAAUUUACAGAGAUCAACAGGAGGAAAGAGAUUUAGAUAUAUAUAUAUAUAUAUAUAUAUAAUAGUAAAAUUAUUAAUAACUUCUUUUUAACUGUUCUUUUAUUCUCUUACUAAUAAUAGUCAUUUGAAUGCUUUUAUUUGCUUAUUUAUUUAUUUCUUUUUUUUUGUUUAUAUUUUAUUUCUCUCUGUUAUUUUAUUGAUCUUUAAAUCUAAUUUAAAAUUAUUGUUCCUUGUAUUGAUAUUUUGGAUUUGAUCUAUCUUUUCUUAUCCUCCUGUCGACCUAACCGUCCUACUCAUAAUACCUGUAUGCUAUUUUUUUUUUUUUUUUAAAGCUUUCCAAGAUCCAUCACAAUAAUAUCUGUAAAAUAAUUUGUCAAUGGCCAUAUAUCUUUUAUAUUUAAUCAUUUUAUCACAGUUUUACUUGUGAACAAAAGUAAAAUGUUUAAAGCAAAUUUCUGCUUUUUACUAUUCUAUUGUAAAAAAAAAAAAAAAAAAA